GUCUUCUUCAUAACUAAGAAUUAGGGCUCAUAAAAUCACUAUCAUUAGAAUCUGUAAAUACCCAGCACAAACAUUCUCUGAAGUUCAAAAUACUAAGAAUUCGCACGCAUACGAUAUUCGCAAUCAAAGUUCGAAGAACAUUCACGAAUCUGCAUGAAUGAAUUCACAUCUCCUUUGAGAAGAAUUUGAAGAAAGCAUGGAUUUUUUUUACGGUAAAAGUAACGAUUCGCAAGCUUCCAAAGUCCGAUCCUUGGAUGUUUCACCAAUCAACACUCAAAACUUCAUCGGCCGUGGCCGUUUUUAUCCUGGACCAAAACCUCGGAUCCUCGAUCCUUACUCUUCUUCAGAUAGUUCUGGUAGUUCUUCCAAUAGAGUACUCUCUCCGCUAGCCCGAUACCUUCAUUCCAGCUCGCCGGUGCCGUUUGCCAGCGAUUCGCCGGAGCGUCGUUCUCUGGUCAAUAGUAGCAGCGGAAGCAGAAGCGGUUCCGCCGCCGCCGGCGUUUUCCGUUCGCCUCUAGCUUCGAUUGAGAACAUCGAGAUUCCGCCGGCUUUCAGGACUCCGGUGAAAGUCGAAGAGGAUGUGGUAGUCAUGGACGGCAUUCUCGUUGAGCCGAAAUAUAGUGCAAGAGCUAAAUCGUUGCCGUCAACGUCAGAUUCCGGAAGGUUGUCGUCGUCAACAUCAGGAAGUGAAAAUAGCUCUCACAAGUCGGAUGUUUGUCGGUGGUGGGGGGAUACCUCCACGUGCCGCUUUGGUUCCAAAUGCCGGUUCGUACACGGAAAAGAAGAUUUACGCCCAACUGCUUUCGCCAACAGGAAUCAAUCUGAGGCACUGAGCAGCAGGUCAUACAGUUCAGGAUCACGUGCAUAUGGACCGAGGGGCCGAUCUGUUCAUCACCAGGUCAACUCAGCCGUGUCUUCAACAGAAUCAGCAGCAAUGGCCACGCCUACUACUGUUAAAAAAGUCGUGUCUAUUAAAGAUAAAGAGCCCCCAAGCAGCGACAGUAGCCCUAGUUCCACCACCUCCACAAUUGCUAUCUCUGGCACUGACUGGUCUCCCUUGGAUGAUAAUAUCGAGGUUUCUUUGCCUUCUUCUGGUGAAAAAUGUCCUUCCAGAGAAGAUGUUGAUGCUCAUAUACAGACUGUUCUCUAUGGUCUUUCUGAAAGAAAGAGAUUGCCGGUAUUUGUUGAAUUUUCUUAGGAGUAGCUGUGCCAUAUUCCCAAGUCUCUCUUCUUGCCAUCAACUACCAAUAAGGUAAUCAAGAGCUGUUAGUGACUUCCUUGUGUUUAAAAGGGUUGUAGUUGCUUUUGUUGUGUUGCAGAUUUGACAAUUCCAGGAGCAGUACUAUCAUAACAAAGACAAUAUACUGUCAAAUAAUAUCUAGGAUAUGAAUGGACAAUUGGACAUGGAUCAUACAACAUAGAAUUGCUGAGUGUUUUUGGCUGAUACAGAAUAAAACUGGGAGCAUACGAAUAGUUGAUCUGUAGUGCAGGGCUGCGGGGGUCUUGCCCCAAAUGAUCUCAGUUUGCCAAAAUCAAGAUGCUCGAUAUUCUUGUUUGUGAAUUUGCUUCCUGUGUUGAGUUUUUGUAUCAAAAAUCAACAUAACAUCACCUACAUAUUGCAGCUGAUAGUCCCCGAAUACUCUGAGAACUGUUUGUUUAAGGCAAUUAGGUUCAAAUUUACCAAUCAAUCAAAACAAAACAAAAAAGGAAAGAUAGUUGCUUUUCAAUACAUCAGCUGAGAGGUACUAAAUUUGCCUUGAUCAUUGCCAUGAUUGUUUUUAGGUAUAACUUUGCAAUUGUACAGUUUAUUUUGUUGUGCUAGUAUUUUUCAUUUCACCCGGUAAACAGGUGAGAGAAAUAACUUGCUUGAGGUACAGGAUAACACUAGGACUCAAAUUCGUAAUAAAUUAUUCAAAUUGUGACGUCUUGGCUAUAAAAGAGUACACAAGGAUUUAAAUUCUAUUCGAAUUGUGAUAUCUUGACCAAUUAAAUGUCUUAGAAGAAACUUAUCGUGCUAGUGUUUGAGAAUCAGUAUAAGGUUCACCACUUGUAGCUCUAAAUUUGUAAAGUCUGUUGAUAAUAAAAUCAAUUUCCUUGGUUUUAGUAGCUCAAACGCGUAGUUUACAAAGAAAUGCUGGUCUCAUUAAAGUGUGUUAGCUACAAAACAGUUCUGAAAGUUGACAUUUUACUUAUGUGGAUAAAUAUCCAAAAGGAAGCAGCACGUUUGUCUAUGUGCGCUAUCAGUGCAAGUUAGUUUAUUGGUAAUAACAGUUUAUUGGUAAUAACUAUCCUUAAUGUGAUGCUUCGAAAUAUCUUAUAGUAUGUGUUUGCCUUGGUUUUAGUCAACCCCUAUGAAUCAGGAGCAAGUUAACGUAUUCUUUUAAGGAAUAUCAUUCUCAUCUGUUUAAUUAGCAACAUAAUUUGCGAUGAACCUGAAUCGCCACUCACAUCUACCAAUUAGAUUGGUGUGGCUCAACAAAUUUUUACCGUCAUGGGGAUUGAUUGCAAGUGGAGAAGGAAGUCUGGACGUUGGUUUUCGCCAGUGCUGGGUGGUAGGAGAAAAAGGAGCUGAAACCAAACCUGGGCAUUUACUUUGUUAGGGUUGUACAUAUUAACUACAUAGGUCAGCGACAUAGACCAUGACCAUUGACGUUGCACUAACAUUUCCGUCAGCAGUGCGUAUUUAGAACAGGCCUGAAGAGUGUAUUUGGUGCCAACUUUAGAAAAUUCUAAAAUGGGUGAACUCUCAGGCCAAGAACCUCUUCUUUUAAGGAAAGAAGAUGAAUUUGAUUGUAUCAAUAAGACAACCUUUUGGGUAUCAUCAACAAAGUUGAUUCUCAAAGUAGUAACGUAGGUGAUCUUCAUUGCAUGGGCUACUUUUAUUUUCUUAUUGCCUUCUAAAUGCAUGAAUGAUUCGCAAGGGAAGUUUAUUUGAGCCACCCGAGGAACUAUUUUUGGGACAACAGGUUUGUUUCCAACUUGAAAGUUUCUUACUUUAAUGUUGUAUCAUUAUUUCGAAUUUCUUAGUAAGUGAUAUCAGUUUUUGUUGGACUGCAGGAAGCACAUUCUUGAUAUUCAGUUUCCCAAUUUUCAUGAUUGCAUUUCUUGCAAUUAUUCGCCUCGUUCUCUCUGGUGAAGAUGAACACCAAGUCCUGUAGGAAGAAGACUGCAAAAGGUCCAAGUUUUUGCUUGUGGACAUUCCCGGUGCUGGUGGAUGGACCAUUUGGGGUUGUUACAGCUGCAGAAAUGAUUGGUGUUAUACUCUUCUCAGCGUACAUCAUCUGGGCUGUAGUUAUGUACAGUAUACGGAAUGUUGGCCUCUAUCUUUAUUUCAUGUUCAAGACAUGAAAGAGAAAAGUGUUCUGUUGCUGGAGCUAACAGGCCUUCGUUUUGGAUUCAUUGGAUUAAUCUGCUUAGCAUUUCUGUUUCUGCCUGUUGCACGGGGUUCAGUUCUUCUUCGAGCUAUAGAUAUUCCUUUUGAACAUGCCACUCGAUAUCAUGUUUGGCUGGGACAUCUUACUAUGGCUCUUUUUAGCCUUCAUGGCCUGUUCUAUGUGAUUGGCUGGGUGCUGCCUUUUGGAGGAAGUGAGUUCUAAAACUGAAAAUUAUUUCCUUAGCCCAUAGAGAUCCCUUGUAUUAAGUUGUAAUUCAAAUAUUAAAGGGGGUUCAUCACAUGUAAUCCAUCUUUGUGAGUAUUCUUGGUAAAGAAAUUGAAGACUUGGACUUUGUCACUGUGUUUAAUGCAGCUCAUUCAGUGGAAAACAUAAGAGUAGCCAAUUUUCCCGGAGUUAUCAGCCUAGCAGCUGGUUUAUUAAUGUGGGUGACUUCACUUCCUGGAGUAAGGAGACAAAACUUUGAACUGUUCUUCUAUACACACCAAUUAUAUGUGGUGUUCGUGGUGUUCUUGAGUGGUCCAAUUUUUUGUGGCUUCGUUUCAGCCAAAUUUCUGCUUACAUAGCCUGAUUGAAUGUUGGGUAUUAGUCUAGCAAAUAACGAACAUAUGAUUUAAGUUUUUAGAUAUGGAAACAAAAGAACAAAGCGAAGUUGCAUUCA